UUCAUUGUGUUUCUCUCUUAUUCAUACAUUAACAAAGCAAAGCAUUAACAUUAACAAAGUACCAGCCUACAGAGUUAUUUCUGUAACGUAUUGUUUUCAUUUGGUGCUAUUUGUGCGUCUUUUCUGCCGUCUGCUAUCUGAAAUAAACAUUUAGCCAGCAGACAACGAUGUGAGGAACUAUAUGCUAAAUACAUAUAUUAAUUUUGUGUGUUUUCGUAUGUUCGUGUGUAUGAUUGUUUCGAUGUUUGGAGCAAUAAUGAUAUUGUUACUGAAUGGCACAAAGUGAUAUUCAUCACGCGGGAUCUUUUAAAUCCAUCACAAGAGUUUGGCUCCUCCUACCAUACAGUGAAGCUCCUCCCACAGCAGUUCACCAGUUGAAUAUUCCCACAAUUGAAGACUACAGAGUUGGCGAAAGAAUAUUGAAGGACAUGAAUGUUCCAGAACCCUGCAGAAUUAAACAGGAAAAUACUGAAGAACCAAUAGGCCUGUUAGAAGUGAAAAAGGAGAUUGAAGAACUGACUGAAGUGGAAGAGAAACAUGAUGUCAAAACUGAAGAAAAAUCCUUGAGUCCCUCAUUGAAAACAAGCGACAAAAUAUGUUUCACUUGCCCUCAGUGUGGAAAGAGUUUCUCAUGUAAGCAAAAUCUUGAUCUUCACAUUAAAUUUCAUCGUGGAGGGAAGCCGUAUGCAUGUGAGCAGUGUGAUAAGACUUUCACAAUAAAAGGGAACUUUAAUGAACACCUGAAAAUUCACAUUGCAGAGAAGCUACACAUCUGUGAUCAGUGUGGGAAGAGCUUCCCACAAAGACGAAACCUUGAUGAACAUAAGAAAAUCCACACUCUGGAGAAGCCAUACACAUGUGAUCAAUGUGGGAAGAAUUUCCCAUUUAAAGGAAACCUUGACGAACAUAUGAGGAUCCACACUGGAGAGAAGCCGCACAAAUGUGAUCAAUGUGGGAAGAGCUUUGCACAAAAAGGAAACCUUAACGUACACAUGAAAAUCCACACUAGAGAGAAACUUCACACUUGUGAUCAAAGUGGGAAGAGUUUCACACAAAAAGCACCCUUUAAUGAUGACAUGAAAAUCCACACUGUAGAGAAGCCAUACAUGUGUGAUCAGUGUGGGAAGAGUUUUACUCAAAAAAGAGCCCUUAAUGAACACAUGAAAAUCCACACUGGAGAAAAACCACACACCUGUGAUCAGUGUGGGAAGAGUUAUGCACGAAAAGGAGCGCUUAAUGAUCACAUGAGGAUCCACACUGGAGAGAAGCCAUACACAUGUGAUCAAUGUGGGAAGAGUUUCAGAAAAUCAAGUGUUUUUAAAGUGCAUCUGCGUACUCAUUCUAGAGAAAGACUGUAUAACUGUGACCAGUGCAAUAAAAAGUUUUUUAGGCCAGAUUUCCUGAAGGACCACAUGAACGUUCAUGCAGAGGUGAAGCCUUUUGUAUGUUAUAUGUGUGGAAAGAGUUUUACCCAGAUGGGUGCAUUAAAACUACACCAGAAAAGACACAGCGGUGUGAAGGAUCAUGUUUGCUCUGAGUGUGGGAAGACUUUUUUUACAUAUGGUGCACUGAACAUGCACCAGACAGUUCACACUACAGAAACACCUUACAAGUGUUCACACUGUGACAAGAGAUUCAAACGGUCUGAAUAUCUGAAAAUACACGAGAGGAUCCACACUGGAGAGAAGCCGUAUGCAUGUGAUCAAUGUGGGAAGAGCUUCAGACUAAAAGGAACCCUCAACAAACACAUGCAGAUCCACACUAGAGAGAAGCCGCACACAUGUGAUCAGUGUGGGAAGAAUUUCAGAAAAUCAAGUGUUUUUAAAGUACAUGUGCGUACUCAUUCUAGAAAAAGACUGUAUAACUGUGAUCAGUGCAGUAAAAUAUAUUUUAGGGCAGAUUCCCUGAAGGACCACCUGAAAGUUCAUUCAAAAGAGAAGCCUCAUGUAUGUUCUUUGUGUGGAAAGAGUUUUAGUAACAUGGAUACAUUAAAAUCACACCAGAAAAGACACAGCGGUGUGAAGGAUCAUGUUUGCUCUGAGUGUGGGAAGACUUUUUUUACAGAUGGUGAAUUGAAAGUGCACAGGACGGUUCACACUACAGAAACACCUUAUAAGUGUUCACACUGUGACAAGAGAUUUAAACGGAAAAUAUCUCUAAAAAUACAUGAGAGGAUCCACACUGGAGAGAAGCCGUAUCACUGCCAUUCAUGUGGGAGGCGUUUCAUUCAAUUAGCUUCUCUACUCUUUCAUAAAAAAAGAUGCAAGUCGUAAAUUGCAGUAAGUUCAAGUUCUGAUCUUCCAGAUAUGGUGCUGUGUAGGGCUGCAUCAAAUGAUUAUUUUGAUAAUCAAUUAAUUAAAUAUUAUUAGACAAAUUAAUCGAUUGAUCAUUGAUUAUUUCUGAGACUAAUCAGUAGGCUUUGAUCAAUUAUUCAGCUUUUGCAGUUAUUAAAAAUGUUGAGUUAUACCUAUAUCCAUUCUAACUAAUAAAUAAAACAAGGAAACCACUCCAGUUUCUGAAAAUGUCUUUUUAAUAAACUUCAAGUAAACGGAAUUGACUUUCAGGUUUUU